AAAUCCAAGCGACGUGAAACUUAAAGCAAGUGUAAAAACAUAAUUUUUUUCUAUGAAAUCAAUCGCGAAAGCACAAGUAUUUCACCAGCCUUCAGUUUAAAGUUUACUUGAAGUGACAUCCAUAGUGUACACUUGAAGAGGAAUGAAUUUUUUUCCGCAGUACAGCCAACAUGUAACUAGAAUUUGUUUGCAGGUCCAAACAGAAUAAAUUUUUUAGCAAAAAGCCCUGUUCCAAGCUAGUCAUUUUUUCUGGUGUUAAAAUUCAGAUGAACUUACCCUUAUGACAACAUAUUUUGACCAGUAUUCCGCUUCAGCCGUUCCAGCAAUUUAUGGCAGGUUGGCACUGAGAGUCGCGACGCGAAUUCUGUUCUCGUGUUUUCGGUCGAUCAGCUGUUUAGUGAUUUGUAAACAAAACGUAUCGUAAAUUCGCCGGUAUUCUGCGCGCAUUUUAUGCAGUGGUUUUGAGAGUAUGAAAAGUUUUCGAAAUGCACCGGUUUCAUUACAUUCGGCAAUUUUGCAGUGCGAUAGAAUUCUUUCCACACAGCACAAUUCGACGCUUAAAAAGAAACUCACCAGAAACUAUUCCGCGAGUGCCUAUCGAAGAAACAGUUGUCCACCAUGCUCCCGGUGUUCGAUUGAACGAGAUGAACAUACAGCUUUUGUCACAAAGAUUGUACGAACAAAUUUUUCCAAACAUUUCGUCCAAAGCCAAUAUAAACGAAACGCAAAUAGACCAACUUCGUCAGGAUCUUACACGUCAUGGAAUUCCUUUCGCUAAUCCCGCCAUAAUCCCAGAGGUGUCUUUCCAGCUGCCGAAAUUGAAAGGAGCCAAUAUCGAGGAGCAUUUUUAUAAUGUAGCAGACGAACAAAGUCGACCCUAUCGGGAACUGCUGCAGUCAUUGGUUACCACGAAAGAUAUUCCCCAGCCAGCAAAAUGGUCGAGUUCUCCUGGAUGGACCUGCUAUGACCAGGACCGAGGUCCGUUAGCCGUUCCAUAUCCAGCCGAAACGGCACUGGUGUUCGAUGUCGAAGUUUGCGUUUCUGCUGGCGCAGCUCCCGUGAUGGCAACUGCUUUGAGUCCAACCCGAUGGUACUCCUGGACAAGUCACAAUCUCGCCAAUCCGCAAGCCACUUUUGCCGAAGGCCAUCGGUAUCAGUUGAACGAGUUGAUUCCCAUGGAAUCGGAAACUAACGAUGAUCCAUCAGACGAAAAAUUCCAACUCCCAAAAGUUGUAGUUGGUCACAAUGUUUCCUACGAUCGCGCACGUAUUCGGGAACAAUAUUGGCUGCAAAGCACGGGGAUGCGAUUCAUAGAUACGAUGUCACUGCACGUUUGUGUGAGCGGAGUGACUAGCUACCAGCGGGCAAUGCUUAAAUCGAGCAAGGAAUUGCCUCUGGAGGACUUGGGCUGGAGCAGCCAAAGCUCUCUCAACAAUCUGGCUGAUGUCUUCGAGCUGUACUGCGGCGAGAAACUGGACAAGGAAAAGCGGAAUAUUUUUCUCGAAGGCACACUUGCCGAUGUCGAGCAGGAUUUUCAAAGUCUAAUGAGUUACUGCGCUGGUGAUGUGAAGGCAACCCUCAAGAUUCUGCAGCAGUUGUUUCCUCUCUUCGCAGAGCGAUUUCCACAUCCCGCCACAUUGGCUGGCAUGUUGGAGAUCGGUAACGCCUACCUACCGGUCAAUAGUAAUUGGAAGCGGUACAUUCAGGAAUCAGAUUUGACAUAUGAAGAUUUGGAUAUUGAGGCAAAACACCUGCUGGCACAGCGGGCGGACGCGGCCUGUCGGUUGAUGCACGAUCAACAGUACCGGCAGGAUUUGUGGCUCUGGGAUCAGGACUGGAGUGUACAAGAACUGAAGCUGAAGGCAGCGCCGAAACGGGUAACCAAAAAGAUGAAAGUUAACGCGGAAGUCGUUGGUCAUCAGCAGGUAACGAAGGCUGUGGUUGUGGAUGAUGAUGGCGAGGUAGAUCAACUUGCAGCAAAGUUUGAGUAUUUAUAUAGAACCAAAGAUCGGCUUCCAGUACGGCGACCGCUACUACCAGGUUAUCCGGCAUGGUAUAGGAGUUUGUGUUCGAAACCAACAGAGCCCGACUGGUCACCAGGGCCGACCAACAUUUCCACUGGCAUGCAGAUCGCACCGAAACUGCUGCGCCUCUGUUGGGAAGGUUACCCACUGCACUACGUUCGAGGUCAGGGUUGGGGUUUCCUGGUACCGCACAAAUACCGCCGAGAGGAUGACGAUCAAACUGGCAUGAUUCCGCUAGAAGAACUGGCCCGCGAAUGUCCAGUGUUGGAGAUCAACCCGGAAGCAUCAGCACAGGAGAGCUUCGAGGCACUGACUGGCUUGUGGCAAGAUGUAGAAGCUAACAUCAGCCGUAAAGAUUACUACCGAAAGCUGAAGAAGGACCGAACCGGGAGUGUCUAUAAGGGAACCGGAAUAUGGUGCAAUCUGGAUUUGGAAGACUGUUGCUAUUUCUUGAAGUUGCCCCAUAAGGACGGACCGUCCCACCGGGUGGGAAAUCCACUGGCGAAGGAUUUUCUUAAUAAGUUUUCGGACAACGUUUUGGCAGGUGAUGGAAAGACGGCUGAGCGUGUGGUUGAUAUUUCAAGAAUGUUGUCUUACUGGAGAAAUAAUCGCGAUAGGAUAACUGGGCAACUAGUGGUUUGGUUGGAUAAGAACAAGCUUCCACAGCUGUUACAUGAAGAGGAAAUGGAUUUUGGGGCGAUCAUUCCACAAGUGGUUGUUUGUGGGACCUUGACACGACGUGCAAUGGAACCCACCUGGAUGACGGCUAGUAAUGCCCAGCGAGAAAGGAUUGGUUCGGAGCUGCGUGCAAUGGUUCAGGCUCCGAAAGGUUUUAAAAUUGUUGGGGCAGACGUGGACAGCCAGGAACUGUGGAUAGCUUCGGUUCUGGGAGAUGGCUAUGCUGCAGGCAUUCAUGGAGCAACACCUCUCGGGUGGAUGACUCUAAGCGGUACCAAGGCAGACAAGACCGAUAUGCACAGUGUGACUGCCAAGGCCGUUGGAAUAUCUAGGGAUCACGCUAAGGUUAUUAACUACGCCAGAAUUUACGGAGCCGGUCAAAACUUUGCAGAGCGAUUGCUCCAACAGUUUAAUCCCACUUUUUCGGAAGCGGAAGCACGUUCGAAAGCUAGCAAGAUGUUUGCCCUCACCAAGGGAAGGAAAUUUUAUUACCUCAAAAGAAAAUUCCGCGAGGAAUUCAUAAACAAAGGAUACACUGGGUACGAAGCUUUGAAAAUGGCAAAAAUCUCUAAUAAAUCGGUGAUCGAACUGUUCGAGCCACCCCGUUGGGAGGGUGGAACCGAGAGUGCCAUGUUUAAUAGACUGGAGCAUAUCGCUGGGUCAGAAACCCCAGUAACACCGUUUCUUGGAGGACGCCUGAGCCGAGCACUUGAGCCUCAAGAAGGUACAGAAGAGCGCUUCCUACCGACCCGGAUCAACUGGGUCGUGCAAAGCGGCGCAGUCGAUUUUCUGCAUCUGAUGCUGGUUUCGAUGCGCUGGUUGAUGGGACCACGUGUGCGAUUUUGUCUGAGCUUUCACGACGAGGUGCGUUAUCUGGUGGAGGAUCGAUUCGCGCAUCGCGCUGCUCUCGCUAUGCACGCCACAAAUCUGCUGACGCGCGCAUUUUGUGUUUCAAGAAUCGGAUUUCACGAUUUACCCCAGUCGGUGGCUUUCUUUUCCACAGUGGAAGUGGAUACGGUUUUGCGCAAAGAAGCUCAGCAAGACUGUAAAACGCCAUCAAACCCCCAUGGUUUAGCAGUUGGAUAUGGUAUUCCUCACGGUACAUCGCUAGAUAUCCACCAGCUUCUGGAGAAACUUGGACCGGACGAAUCAAAUAUGAGCAACUGGGAGUGGCACCGAGAGCCAAACUCCAAAGUGUUGAAGAAAGUUCAAAUAAACGGAAAGAAACAUUGAA